UUUUUUUUUUUUUCUCCAGAAAAUCAAGAGUAUCAUGUGUUGGAUAUUAGGAAAUGAUUACCCAGUGGGACUCCCUCCCUCGUUUUCCUUCUUUCAUGUCUGCCAACUGUUUUCUCUUCACUUCUGUGAAAGCUGCGAUAGCUGGAUAGCUGCCCCGGUGCAUUAAAUGUUUCAGCAAAACCUUUUUUUUUUUGUUUUGAUCAAGUGGCAUGACCGACCACACAUACUGCAGGCGUGCUGGAAACGUUUCCAUGUGCCCGCUGCUUUGCUUUGUGUUCAGUCGGCUGAAAAGAACAAAAAGAUCCUGUAAUGAAACUGGCUGUGAGGUGACUCACCCACUUCUUUUUUUUUUUUUUUUUUUCCCCAAAUCUGAAAAUUAGGCCUAUUUAAAGAGAGAGUUACUGGAUAAGCAAAAUCUACUUUGUUGUUUUUUGUACUCACCCUAAGUUAGUGUACCGUAGAGAGGCUACUGCAAAGAACAAGGCUCACUGGGGUUGUUCGCUCUGUUGUGCAAAUAAUUUUCCCUACUUUUGGCUUCCGUUGGACUAUCCCCAUAUAAAUCUAUUUGAAAAUAUGAUCACAUGCAUGUGCUGUACUGUUUAGGAUUACAGUUCUUCUUCCCAAGUGCAAUAAUCAUGUGUAUGUUUGCAUUACAGACCUCUAACUGUACGGGUUACCAGAUAUAUUGCCAGAAAGGCUGAUUACAUUAUAAAUACAGCUGCUUUCAUCAAUCUUCCAAUAAAUAUCACCAGAUACUGUCAAGAAAUUUGAACUCAAUAUUAUUGACCCUAGAACAAACCCUUACUGCAUUUAAGGUUGUAAUUCUGUAUGCAUUGUGCGUCUUUAGCUUUACAUUUUGACGUUUGUGUCUUUCUGUCUACAGCUGUGGUUCAGGUGGACGGGAGCCCAGUGAGACUACAGCUGUGUGACACUGCAGGACAGGAUGAGUUUGACAAACUCCGCCACUUCUGCUACAGUCGCACCGACGCCCUGCUGCUCUGCUUCAGCGUGGUCAGCCCCGCUUCAUUCCAGAACGUGUGGGAGAAGUGGGUCCCCGAAAUCCGCCGCCGCUGCCCCCUCACCCCGAUCCUCCUGGUAGGCACGCAGUGCGACCUGCGGCAGGACGUCAAGGUGCUGAUCGAGCUGGCGAGGCGGAGAGAGAGGCCCGUGGCGGAAGAGGACGCCAGAGCGCUCGCAGAAAAAAUGGGCGCCGUCACGUACGUGGAGUGCUCGGCGCUGACUCAGAAGAACCUGAAGGAGGUGUUCGACGCGGCGAUCUCUGUGGGGCUGCGGCACUCCGACAGGAGGGCGCGCCGGGAGAGGAAGGUCCGCAGCACCGCCGAUAAAAUGAAGAUGCUGUCCAAGUCGUGGUGGAAGAAGUACGUGUGCGUCCAGUAGGAAGGGCGAGUGAUGGAGGAUUUUUUUUUCUUUUUUUUUUUUUUGUGGAACUGACACGAAACUGGAUCUGCUGUGGUUUCUAGAGAGAGACUGUUGAAUGUAAGGACGAUCCGAAUGGACGGAGCGGACGGUGCUGAGCUGAACUCUGUAGGUUGCAGAUGGUUUCAUUUCGCCGAGGAAAAAAAACCCCAAAAACUAAAAAAAACCAGAAGUCAACCAAAAGUAACAGUGCCAACAUCACAUGGAUUUUGUAUACUGGACUUAUUCAAAGAAAUGUGACUUGGAGGGAAGCUAAUGAUAAGCUGGCGAUGAUAAUUAUGCUCCUCAUUUUAUUUUUUUUUCUUUAAUUUAGAUCCUUUUUUGUGAGAUUAUUUGUGUUUUUAUGCGUUGUCCACCCUGUUUCAGACACCAUGGCUUCUUACCGGAUGAUUUCCAAAUGACCAUAAAACAAGAAGUUAAAUGGGUCAAUGUGAACUGUUUAGAUAAUGGAACCAAGUAAAAAAAAUAAUGCAGUUAUUUAGUCUGGUAAAUCACAAACAAGUCAGUUUGUUGUUUUCCUUCAAAUUUCCAGAUGGCUAAUAUGUUUCCGAUUACAAUCAAACUUAUUAAUACAUUUUAUAAAAAAUGACAGAUUUUUUUUAAUUCAUUUUAUACUACAAAUUUAACAGUUAUAAUUUAAGAUGUUGAUGCAGACAUAAUGUCUUUUUUUUAAGAGAUCUGUAGUGUAAACUUUGUACGUUAAUGCCUCAAGAAAUCAAAAUUACAAACUUAUUUAAAAUCUAACCAGUGACGGUUAUCCAGGCAACAUGGUGCAAAAGAUGAGACUCAUUUUAGAUCUUUGAAAGCUUCAGUUCUGUAAACUGGCUGAAAAAGUUUAUCAAGCUUUUUUUUUUUUUUAAUGUAUUUCGUUCCUGUUACUACACAACUGCAGAAAUUUAUAGGUAAUUUGCACUUGCAUACAAUUCACAAAGAUGACCGAUAUCCGGCCAUGCCGUGGUCUGGAGACCAGUCGUUGGAUGCAGUUUCAAGAACGGAGUCAUGUUCGCUGCAAAGCGAGUCCAAGUUAGAAGAUCACUGCGUGUUUUCAUUGUAAGCUAAAUCUCAGAAAGAUCAGCGUGAAGCUGCUUCCUCUUUCGGAACCGAAUAAAUGAGGUAAAAAUGACCAAAGAGACUGAUUCUUGGUUCGCUUCUUAUUUUUCAGAAGCCCAUCCGAUCUGUUGUGUCUAUUUAUCUGUUCCCUCCAGGCUAAAAACGACAACUGAACGACCUCGGCACACGAAAACCUUACAUCUAUGAGAAUGUUGCAUAGAAAAUAUUUGCCAUGUGUGUAAUGCCAUCGUGAUAAAUCUGUGUGGAUGUAUACAGCAAGUGACUCAUUCGCAGGCCGUACUGUACGACUCUCAAUGGUACUAAAUGGAAUGAGCUCCUGUCUGAUACUAGAGAGGUUAAAGCUGGAUGAGCGGAACUAAAUAAAAUGUGAAAUAUA